UAUAAAAGGCCCACAGCAAGAUAAGUCUGAAUGCCAAUAAACAGGGUCAAGGCAACAUUGUUGUCAUAAAUGAAAUUAACGGAAUUGACGAGAAAUGAAAUCCAGAGCAAGCUGUGUGUUCCAGUUUACCACCACACCAAAGCGUCAUGCGUAUGAGGCCACUACCCCUUCUAUUGAAACAACACAUCUUUCUUCAAAAGUGGUGACUAACCUUUCAAAGAAAAAUGACAAGGUCAUUUCUGAGAUCGAAAUUCGACAUUUUGACGAAAUACCAGGUCCCUCCGGAAUAUAUCAACUGCCUUAUCUGGGACUUCUUUUACAAAUGAAACCUUUCACAAAAUAUGCAAAAGACAAUAUGCAACAACGUGUAUUAAACUGGACCCAGAAAUAUGGACCUAUUUGCAAACAAAGACUCGGAAACGAUUGGUAUGUGUUUCUCACAGAUCCAAACGACGUUGAAAAGGUGUUCCGAAAUGAUCGGAAGUUUCCUUUUCGCGGGGUUUUGCCAUUAACUAAAGUGUACACAAAGAGAACGAAUGCAUCGCCUGGACUUACUGGACUGAACGAUGAAGAAUGGUAUACUUUGAGGAAAAGCGCCCAGAGAGCUAUUUUACGACAAAAAGCUGUCUACAAAUACUUAUCAGCAAUUAGUGUUAUUGCUGAUGAUUUCGUCGAUAAGUUUCGUGGUCAGUGUCAAAUCGAUGAUGUCUUACACCACUUAAUGGAGUUUUCAACUGAAAGUGCGGGCAGAAUGUGUUUUGGCGUGCGACUUGGUUGUAUUUCCAAACCUGAACAAACAUCGCAAACUGAAACAAUGAAGCAUGUAGAGACAUUUCUUGACUGUUUUGGAAACCAGUUUUACGUUAUUCCGUGGUUUAAACUGUUCAGAUCACCAUUUUAUCGAAGAUAUGAAAAAUCUGCUGAUUAUCUGAAAAGACAGACAGAACAAUACAUUAGGGCAUACAAGGAGCGGAUUCAGUCGAGCGGUUCACCGGAAGUUAGCCAAAGUCUUCUGAGCGAUUUAUCGUCCGACUCCAAACUGACGACCGCUGAUAUUCAGAGAACAUUGAUAGAUGUUUUUGUGGGGGGAAUAGAUUCGGCAACAUCCAGCAUCACGAUAUUGUUGUUCAAUCUUGCUAAAAACCUGGAAAAGCAAGACCUGUUGUAUGAUGAGCUAGAAAAACAUGUCCCGAAGUUCGGUCCAAUAGAUGGAACCAUUCUUUGUAAUCUAAACUAUCUGAAAGCGUGCAUCAAAGAAUCAAUGAGGUUGGUAUUUCCUGUUCCAGUCGGUACUGCAAGAACCUUAGACAAAGACAUUAUCCUUCGAGGUUACCGAAUACCUGCACAUACAAACUUUGUGUUUUGCUCAGGCAUAACUUGCUUGAACAGUAAAUAUUUUGAAGCACCUGAACAAUUUGUACCUGAGCGGUGGCUGCGUAAAAGUGACAAUUAUACACCGAUCCAUCCGUUUUCUUAUAUUCCCUUCGGAUACGGACCACGAAAAUGCAUCGGACAGACUUUUGCUGAGACAGAGAUUAGUAUGUGUGCUGCAAAGCUUUUACGCAAUUUUCGACUGACGCUCCCAGAGGGAAGUCAUGAAAUCAAGUGUAAGGAUAAAACUUUUCGAACACCUGUUACUCCAGUGUCGUUCCUCGUACAAAACAGAUAGUUUCUAUUCGUAUGAGGGAAUCGUA